AUGUUUUCAGACAGCAGACAGCUGGGGAAGCACAGAGUUUUUCAGCACAACAACAAUCCCCAGCGCUGGCUCCACAAUGGGGUCACGGUCCAGAGGGACACGGGACACAUGGGGCCGAGCAGACAGGCGGAAGCCAGCCUCCUCCCGCCGGACAGGAGGAGAGAAACAGCUCCUGUGGAGGAAAAGGGAAAUGCUCAAGAAAAGGAGAGGACUGAAACAAACUUUGAUGGACAGAAUAUUCAGAGAAAGCUGCUUUUAGCCCAGCAGAAACGCUGCACACUGCCAGACUCUGUUGGCCAGAGUGUCCCCAGGGAGUCGAACACUGCCAGGUGGAACCAGGCUCCAGAACCACGUCAGAGAUACAGCGUGCCUGUGAGGGAACACUUCAGCGACUAUGCCUGCACCAGCCGCGGCUACCAGACUGAGCCACACCCCUCUGGAAGGAAGUAUGUGCCACCCCCACCCAUAGGGUUCAAAGGUCACCAAAGCUAUAGAGUGCCUGGUUAUAUGGUGCGGAGACGGUUUUGGGGCUAUGCAAGAGAGGACUGCCAGAGGGAGCUAAAUUCAUCUGGGCAGGCAAGUGCAGCAGCACAUGGAUUUGACAGACACUAUGGCUCAAAUUCCACCUUUCACCGUGGCCAGGAAUAUAUCAAGUCUAAUCAUAGCCUUAGAGAUUUGACCAAACCAAAGAAUCAACCAGAGCAGGGCUGCAAUGGGCCUAGCUCUGUCCAAGGACUUAUCUUCUCAACAGAAGUUCCUCAAAUAGAGCUGGACUGCACCAGACAGAGAGGUCUGUGUUGGCCCAGUAGUAACACAACUGACAGCCAAAAUAAACACGCCAGUUCAGAGCAGGGACAGAGCAGGGAAUCAGGCUUUGAUGGGCCGAAGAUGAGCCAGGCAGCCAUCCGGGACCAGAUACGACGGGUGGUGGGUGACCUCGAGGGGGUUUUAGGGGGCCUGAAACAGGUCCAUCUGGAGAUGAAGGAGGUGGUCCAACAGAUUGAGCUGCUGACCUCCAACAUUGACCUUGGUGAAGAGGAGCCUAGCAACAGUCUCCCCAGUGACACGCUUUGCAGCAGUAGCUCCAGCGGGGUCAUGGUGUCCAGCCACAAGAUGAUCGAAGACCGCACGUCAAGGCAGGCGGAUGCCGACCACACCUCGCUCAAAAGCACCCCGACUCGUUCGACCCCCCCUGCACUCAAUCCAUCUGUUGUCGUUGCAAACCAGGCAGCGGCACCAAGUACAGGCGAGGACCCUCUUCAGGAUCAAAUAAGUGCGCCAGCCACAGCAAACCCUCCCCAAACCCCACUCAGAGGCCAAGACCAAGAGUCUCGCAGGGACAAAGAUGGAUCUUGUCCAGCCCUUUCCAAACCAACCUGUCAGCCAAUCAGUCAGAGUCAGGCGGUCACACAUGAGCCUGGAAGAACUGCUUCUAGAAGCAGGAAACCUCCUCCGUACCCUUACAACGGUCAGGUGGCCAAGAUGGGGAAGGGAAAAGAGUCCUUGAAGGCGCCGCCCUACCCCACCAAGCGCAGACUGCUCUCCACCAUGGUGUGAGGGGGCGGCAGAGAGCGUCAGGGCCAUGGAGCUCCGCAGCGGUCGGCGAGACGGGCCUUGCCAGAUGGACAGAGGGCCAGAGAGCACAAGGUGACGGGCACCUCACGUGAUGCUUACUGGUGUAGGAUAAGCGUGACACUGUCAUGUGAUGAUGGGGAUUUCUGGACCGAAGAACUCUGU